AUGCCAGUGCCGGGAUCUAGCUGCGUAAGUAGCUCAAACGGUGCUGCCGCGGCGGCUGACGUCAGCAGAUUAAACCCCGACGGUUCAGCGGUGCAAUUGUCGACUGCGGCAGGCAUUCCAGUUGCUUCGACAGGGGGGCCGGCUGUAGUGGCCUCUGCGACCCGCGUCGAAGCGGGUGCAGGGGGUGCAACGAAGCCCGAGGGCGAUCUGGGGUUACGGGAGAAAGCUUUGGCGGCGGGUGCCGCAGCUGUGGUGUCGGCCGUUAUUAUGAACCCGCUGGACGUCGUUAAGACGCGGCUGCAGGCGCAAACAGCGUCCGCAUCUCCCCGCGCCCCCGCCCGCCCGUUGCCACUCGCUUCCACCUCCCCCGCCGCAAUCACAUGUCCGUUCCCGGCUGUAGCCGCUACAGGCGCUUCCGCCCCCGCUGCCGCGGCCGCCGUUCUGGCCCGGGGCGGGCAUAUGCACGGCCCUGGGGAUUUACGGCGGGCGGCAAUGUCUGUCUGUUGUGACGUGGCGGGAUUGUACGGGCAUGUGCAUGGCGGAGUGGCUGCCGGUAGUGGAAGUACCCACGGCAAUGGGUUCACACACGGGCAUGGGCAUGGGCAUGGGAGCAUUCAUGCAAAUGUAACCCAUCUGCUGCCGAACCAGCACCAGCAGCCGUAUCAGCAUCACCAGCCCCACCACCAUCUCCCCCAACACAACCACCACCCAUACCGCAACACAUGGGACGUGUUCUCUCGGAUAGUGCGAGAGGAAGGGGCUUUGCGCUUGUGGCGUGGCACGGGCGCCUCUCUCCUCAUGGCUGUACCAACGGUUGGGAUCUAUCUCCCUGUGUACGAUAUCCUCAAGAUCGAGCUCGCAGCGAUGCCGAUCAACGGCCAGGAUCGCGCUGUGCCGGAGGCGUAUGUGCCGUUGAUCGCAGGGUCGGUGGCGCGUGCACUGGCUUGUGUCAGCUGCGCGCCAUUGGAGCUUGCAAGGACUCGCAUGCAGGCACAGAGACCAGUGGUGGGGGCAGGGUUGGGGGCAGUGGGGGUGGUAGGAUCACCAGUGGCAGCAGCAGCAGCAGCAGCAGCAGCAGCAGCAGCAGCAGCAGCAGGAGCAGGAGGAGGGGCAGGAGCAGGAGCCGCAGGAAGCUUGGGUGGGGGAGGGGUAGUGGGUGGGUCAAGGCCUGGCACGCUAGCGACGCUGCGGACGAUUCUGCAGCCGCAUUCAGGCACUCAAGGGCUGCGCGCGCUGUGGACAGGUGUUGACGCGCAAUUGGCCCGUGACGUGCCGUUCUCAGCCAUCUGCUGGGGUCUAUUGGAGCCCACCCGGCGUUACCUGCUCAGUAGAUCUGCUGACCGGUGGGAGCAGAAACAGCGGGACAGGCAGGAGUGGGUUCAGGGUGGUGCUGGUGCUGGUGCUGGUACUGGUGGUGGUGCUGGUGCUGGUGCUGGUGGUGGUGCUGGUGCUGGUGCUGGUACUGGCAGUGAGGUGUAUUCUCAUUCGCUUAUUGAGGCUGCGGAGGAGGCUCAGCAGCUGCCGCUGCUGCAGGUGGUGGGGGCGAAUUUCGCGGCAGGGAUGGUGGCGGGGAGUGUAGCAGCAGCAGUGACUCACCCUCUGGAUGUGGCCAAGACGAGGAGGCAGAUUCAAGUAACAGGAACUCAGCUGAACACUGCUCAGACGCUGCAGCAUCUCUGGAGCGUGGCAGCAGCAGCGACUCACCCGCUGGAUGUGGCUAAGACGAGGAGGCAGAUCCAGGUGUCGGGUGCUCAGCUCAACACUGCAGCAUCUGUGGAGGUGAGCAGCGGAGGAGGGGGGGUGGGAGGGAGGAAUAAUGUCCCAGAAGUUUGUCUUUCCAAGGACCUCAAGGACCUCAUCAACUGCUGCGAGGCGACGUUCUUCGCGCCCAGCGACGACGCGUUCGUUCCUCACUGCCAUAAUCUUCUCCUACUCAUCUCGCUCUUCUGUAUGUUUCCCUUCCUAAUUGCACUCCGUUCAGGUCUUAACAAGGACCUGAAGGACCUAAUCAACUGCUACGAGGCGACGUUCUUCGCGCCGAACGACGACGCGUUCGCGGCGCUCCCGGACCACGCGAAGAACGCGACUUCGAAUGCCAAGGUUCUGCGCGAGGUGCUGCUGCUGCACGUGGUGCAGAAGAAAAUGCCUGCCGCCGCGCUCAAGGCCCUCCCUCAGGACAAGCAGUUCAAGGCGGCAUCCGACGGGUGCAAGGCUCGCCUGGUGAAGGUCUCAGCUGCCGGCGCCGACCCGGUCCAGCUGCAGGCCCUGUACGUCCCGGAGGAAGCUUCCGUAGUGGCUCCUGACGUCAUCUCGCUGCGAGUGAUGCAGGUGCACGGGGUGGACACGGUAAUUCUGCCCCAGAGCCUGAAGGCGGGCGAUAAGGACUCCCUCAAGCCCACCGUGUGCUUCCCCUGGCGCGCGUAG